UUGUUAUCAGUUUAAUACACACUGCAAACAGUUAAACAACAGCACCACCAACCCCACACUUCAAAAUGUUCAAAUUCUUCGCUUUGUGCUUGAUGGCUGUCGUUGCCUUGGCCGCUGCUAAACCCGACUUUGUUGCUCCAUUGGCCUACAGUGCUCCCUAUGUGGCUGCCGCUCCCUACACUGCCGCCUACACUGCUGCCUACACUGCUCCCUAUGCUGCUUCCUAUGUUGCUGCCUCUCCCUAUGUAGCUGCUCCCUAUGCUAGCGCCUACACCUACCCCUAUGCCGCUUCUUACUUCUUGCGUAAAUAGACGGACAUUGAGGAUUGAAGCCAAAGCGAGGAGAGAUUUUCUGUUUUGUUUGAAGAAUUUUUGUUAAUUAGUGAGAAAUGAAUAAAAAA